GUGUGCCCCUGGGUGAUUCUCCAGCAUCAGAGUCCUUAUUAAAAAGUUGACAGGGUGUCACAAAGGUGUGUAAGGCUUGUGCAUAGUAUUCUGAUGAAACUGCUUGGGGGCAAUCCCAGCGUGACAUCCAUUGUCCACUAUUUGUCAGGGAUCCAACAGCUGCCAUGGGUUCUUGGCUUCACUGAGCAGGUUGAUGGUGAAAAGUGAGCAGCUAGAAGGGGGAACCUUCCAUAACACUUUUAUGGCGAUUGGCUUGCACGCCACUGGAAUUUGCAGCUGUCGCUGGAUUCACUCCCUGUCCCGGUAUGCUUAUCGAUCCAAAAUAACAUCCACAUUUGUUUAUUUAUUUUCCUGCUUUUUCCCCCUUCUCCCUUUUUUUUCAAAGCAAACAUUUUCAUUCCUCCUUGGAGAGGGCUGGACUAUCCUAAAAAUACACAGCUUUGUAUGUAAAUAGACAAGAGCUGAUUAUAGGCUGGGACUACAGCCAAGGUUUGAGAGAGCCUCGGGGUGUUUUACAUUUAAAAUGUGAUGCCUGACAAGAUCAGUGUGUCUAUCUUAACCCUGUCGUGGAAUGGCAUUGAUCUUGCAGCAGGGACGGUGCUGGUAACAGGACCCAUGCAGCAGCGUAAUGUUGUUUGCUAACAUACAAGCGCGGCCCUGCAGAAAACAAAGCGUUUGAUGGCAUGUUGGGAGAAUAUGAAGCUCCAAGGCUGACUUUGCAAGGUGAAAGGGUUAAGACAGCUUCUUGAUUAGCAUGAGACUGGGUUGGCUGUCUUGCUUCCUGCCCUUCAAUAGCUUUUCACUGCAUUCAAAGGCACAGAGCCAUUCAACAGAGGACAGAGCAGGCUUUGCAGUGCUUGGAAUACCUGAAAGCAAGCUGUUUGGGUCUAAUUGUACUGUAGACCCCAAAGCUUGCAAUAAAUAAUGGAAUAUGACCAGUGCCAGGAAAAGGCUGCAAGAGGACCAAGCCAAGAGGCGAGACAGUGACCAGCAAGCCUAGGAUUCCUGCUUUUUUAUAUCACUGUGAAAUCUGGCGCAGGGUCGUGCCUGGGAUAUGAUGUAAUGGGGGGGCUUUUGCACGCCCAGUGUGUAAGAAACAGCUGUGUGGUUGUGAAGAAUGAAUAUUGUCCCUUGAUUACUGCAAUGCCGAUUUAGAUUGCCUCAUUGAUUUGCUUCACGGAUCCUGAUAGGUGAAGAGAAGGAGGAGAGAGAGGGAAAAAAAAAAAACUACGUUCGUCGUCAUCGCCUCCUCAUUUUAAUUCCACAACCACUGGGAUAUUGACAGUGGCUUUUUUCGCAAGAUCUUAGGUGCAAGGAUUCAGGUUGAAACCAAAAUCUGUGGGUGUUUUUCCCAGUAUUUGCUUGGUUCUUUUGUGUUGUGCCUCACAGUUGGCUAAGCAGCCCUAUGCUGAAUCAAGCUAUUGUUUGGGAUCUCAGAGCUUUCACGCUACAAAUCUCUGCUCACUCCCCCUCCCCUUCUUUGGCUGAGAAGCCACAUAAUGUGCCUUUCCUCCACAUGAAUCUGGAAGCUAUAAGCUGGAUUGAUUGCAAAUGAAGUGUAAUGCAUUGUGGGACGUGUGUAAAAUUGGAUCAUUCGAGGGAGAAAAACGAACGGACCCACAGCUGGCUUCCUAGAAGAGGUAGCAGCAAAAUGUUUGCAGCCCAUGCUCAAGCUGUGCGCUUAAUGUUUUGAUGAAAAAAAGGGAACAGCGGUGAGGCCUGUCUCAUGAAGCUGGACAAUUAGGCUUCAGGUAGCCUCAGAAUGAAGAAGACUCGGAGUACAACCUUACGCCGGGCCUGGCCUAGUGCUGAUUUCUCUGACCGGGCCUCAGACCGCAUGAGGUCCCGUAGUGAAAAGGACUAUCGCCUGCACAAACAUUUUCCACCAGCUUUUAUUUCCCAGGCAUCACGAGGAUAUAUGUCAGGUGAUGUAUCCCCUAUUAGUAUGUCUCCAAUCAGCCAGUCGCAGUUCAUCCCUCUCGGGGAGAUCCUUUGCUUGGCCAUCUCAACUAUGAAUUCUGCAAGAAAACCUGUUACGCAAGAAGCACUAAUGGAGCACCUAACAACCUGCUUUCCAGGUGUACCAACCCCAAGCUCGGAGAUCCUGCGACAUACACUUAACAUGCUUGUCCGAGAAAGGAAAAUCUACCCAACCCCUGAUGGAUACUUUAUAGUAACCCCACAGACUUAUUUCAUAACCCCAUCCCUUAUAAGAACUAACAGUAAAUGGUACCACUUGGAUGAGAGGAUACCUGACCGGUCUCAGUGUACCUCUCCACAACCAGGAACUAUUACGCCAUCUCCUUCAGGGUGUGUCAGGGACAGAACUCUCUCCAAAAACCACUGCGACUCUUGUCAUUGCUGCAGAGAAGAUAUGCAUAGCAUCCAUGCAUCUACCUUACAAAGGAAAUCUGCAAAAGACUGUAAAGACUCCUAUUGCCCCCCCUCAUUGUGCCAGAUACCCCCUACAGAGAAAAGCAAAAGUACCAUAAAUUAUUCAUAUAAAACAGAAACCCUUUCAAAACCUAAAGAUGGGGAUAAGCCAUCUAAAAAAUUUGGUCUGAAAUUAUUUAGGCUAAGUUUUAAAAAAGACAAGGCAAAACAACUGGCUAAUUUUUCAGCCCAAUUUCCUCCGGAGGAAUGGCCCCUUCGAGAUGAUGACACCCCAAAUACCAUACCCCGUGAAGUAGAGAUGGAAAUCAUUAGGCGAAUAAACCCUGACUUGACAGUGGAAAAUGUCGUACGACAUACUGCACUAAUGAAAAAACUUGAAGAAGAAAAAUCUCAGAGGAGCAAAGCUGGUUCAUCAGCUCACCAUAGUGGUAGAAGUAGGCGAAGCAGGACUCACAGAAAAACUCAUGGAAAAUCUCGGUCACACAGUAAGAAUAGGGCUUCCAAAGGUGACCCUUCUGAAGGUUCCCGCUUAGACUUACAUGGAGAGAGAGAGUAUGAGUUCUAUCAUCCUCGGAAUCGUUCACCAAGGGAAGGUUGUUUCAUAAUGGAGCGUAAGGGAGGAGAAAAUUUUGUGGUGCUCAGCAAUCCAAACAUGAUUGAAUCUCAUUUUCCUGUUACACCAGAAUGGGAUGUGUCUGGUGAACUGGCCAAAAGGAGAACUGAAAUGCCUUUUCCUGAACCCUCAAGGGGGAGUUCCCAUUCCAAGGUCCAUCGAAGCCACAGCCAUACACAGGAUAGAAGGUCAAGAAAUGAAAGGUCAAAUAAAGCCAAGGAAAGGUCUAGGUCAAUGGACAACUCAAAGGGACCUUUAAGUGGUGCUUCUUUAGGGACGCCGGAUGACCUGGGUGAAGGCCUGAGUCUUGAUGAUAAAACACCAAGCCAGUCUUUUAUAGAUGAUGGCACUUUAAGACCAUCUCACAGUAGCUUGAGUCAUCAAAGGACUCUAACUUACAAAGAUGCAUGUGGUCCUGAACUCGCUAGUGGUGGUGCAGAUACCCCUAAAUCAUGUAGCCUGUUGGAACAAGGCAAACUUCCAGAGACUUUAUCCUCCUACAGUGAACUUAAUUCUUGUUCCAAAAAAACAGCGGAUGACUAUUUUCAGUGUAAUACAUCUAGUGAAACAAUUCUCACUGCUCCAUCCCCUUUAGGUAAAAAUAAAGAGGACAUUGAUAUAUCAAGUCUUGCAGAAGGCUUGAAAAGACUUUCUCCAGCUGAGAAGCCACAGCAACACAUAGCCAGAGAGCAAGGUGAAUACAAAGAAGACUCACCAAAAGGUACUGUUAGUGGUCUAUCAGUUGCUGCUUCUGGUCAGACCCCAGAAGUGAUUGCAAAUGGGCGAUUGGUGCCACAUCACAAUGCAGAAUCGAGCAGCCUUGAUAAAAGGAAAGAAAUAUUCAGUAAAGAUACUCUAUUCAAACCUUUGCACAAUAGCCUAUCUGUGAACAGUUUUCAUAAAUCGGGUGUGAAUUUGCUGAAAACACACCAAAAAACUUCUCCUGAAACACUGCCAGCAAGCAUUGAGAACUUUGAGCAACCUAAUACCACCUCAGUUACCCCAAACCUUGCUGUCUCACCUAGGCCACAGGAGCCAGCAGGAAAUCAAGAAGCCUCCUUUGAUUAUUACAAUGUCUCGGAAGAUGACGAGUCAGAGGAAGGUACACAAAAGACCACAGAAGAAGAAAAAAACAACAGAGACGAUGUGGGGACAAUGCAGUGGCUGCUACAGCGGGAGAAGGAAAGGGAUUUACAAAGGAAGUUCGAGAAAAACCUCACACUUCUAAAUCCAAAGGAAACUGACAGCAGCGGUAGCCAGCGAGCCACACAUUCGGCUCGUUUGGACAGCAUGGACAGUAGUAGCAUCACUGUAGACAGUGGAUUUAAUUCCCCACGGACACGGGAAAGCCUGGCUUCCAAUACUUCGAGUAUUGUGGAAAGUAACAGACGGCAGAAUCCAGCUCUGAGUCCUGCCCAUGCUGGUGCUGGCCCAGCUUUUAACUUCCGAACAUCUGCUGCAGAAACUACAACAACGGAUGCUGAUAAACUACAGAAACCCACUAACUGUUUGCAAGCUUCUGUAACUAGUGUUUGAUAGCCGCUCAGCCUCAAAUCUUGUUCUGUCUCAUCCUCUACAGCAAAGUUUACUACACUGGGACCGAUGUUUACAUCUCUUUACAAGCAAGCCUCACAUCCACAGCUUUUGUGUCUUUCUAAAACUGUGCUGCUAAUUAGCCCAGGGGGCAACAACAAGAACAAAAUACCAACUUGUUGCAUUUUUUAUUUUAUUUUAUUUUAUGUAUUUUUUUUUUUUCUUGCCCUCAUUACUUUAAAUCAUGUAAAGCUCAGUAGGAAGUGAAUUACAGUAGAGGUUAAUAUGCACAUUAUUCUUCAUGUAACUCUAACAGAGCACAUUCAGGAGUCUAGACACUGUAAUAAUUUUUUUUCUAAGUUAUGUUUGUGAUGCUGUGCGGCAUACAAUGAUCAGUACUUCCUUUAAAGCAGCGGUGCUCGGUAAAAAAAACAAAACAAAAAAAACAACAACUUUGUAGAUUAGCAGAACAGGUUUUUUUCUGUUCUGUGUCCUCCUUAGUUAUAAAGACAAAGACAGAGAGAAAGAAAGUCUAUUUAUUUUUACCAGUGUAAAAAAAAUGUUAAAUGACCUAAUUUUAAACACAUAUAUAUUCCUACUUAGUGCCCAUGAUGUUAAGCAAAUGUGAAGAACCAAAAUACAACACCAUAUCACUCUGCAAUAACUAUUGCUACAUCUGUGCUUCUUUACCUUCUUCUACAAGUCAGUGUGCUUCACAUAUGAAUAUAAAAAUGUAUUGGAUGUGUUGUUCAGGGAUCUGCAUGCAGUAUACAGAAUGACAGUUGUGUUACUCCUUGCUAUAACAAUACGUCAUUAAUAACACAGUAUUCUCAUAAUUCAGGCAAACAGAAUAACAGUAUGACAAGUUUAUUGGGGGGUAAAACAAUACCCUGUAGAAAACAAAUUUCCCUGGUCCUAAUAUUUAACAGUUUCUGACUUUGGAAUAUUGGUGCUUGGAGUUUUUUUUAAGACGGGCUAUGAAUUUGUGAGCAGCGAACUUCAAGAAGUAAAUCUUUGGUUAUAACGACUUUCUAUGAAAAAGUUAAAGCUGGCAUAGCUUACAUCUAAGCUAAUGGAACACAUUGCCCAAGUAAAAGUGGGUGAAAUACCAUGAUGUGUUGUUACAUCUGUGGGUGUACAGUGAGAAAAAAAAGCCAUUGCUGCACAUCAUCAACUCAUAAUCACACAGAAGUGUUGCUAUAAUUUAAUAACCUACUGAUAUUUAUACAUUAAUUAUUUCAUUGUAAUUAGUGUUUUCUGACAGCAUUUUACUGUGAUGGUGUUGCAACCUAUUGCCUUGAUUUUGCAGGGAAGAACUAUUGUGAAAAUGAAAUUAAAGCAGUAAUAAACCCAAAA